AUGAAUCAAAGAGUCAACCAGGAGUGGAACCCCUCUGAGGUAGAGGGGGAAAGAUCAAUCAUUGAUCGUCUCAACAACUACUACAACAAUGAUGGCACCAACCAUGAGAAGAUCAAGAAGCAUGAUAUCGUGGCCAAUCUCAAAGCAUGGUUCCCUAGGAAGACCAUGCAACAGGUAACAGACUUGUAUGAUGAUCUUGUUAUGGAGAUGCAUAUGUUGCAGUGUCCAGAGAAGGAGUACAAUGGUACCAAUAGUGACCAUGGUGCCAUUUACACUGUGGAUGGCCUUGUGAAUAAAAACUUUGGAUUGCAAAAGGAGGUUGCCAUGGAAGGAAUGGGUAUUUUGUUUGGUCGUCCACUGGAGACUAUGCAAACCAUGGAGAUACAAGAAGAGGUGCAUAUGGUGGAGGAGAAAAAGGUGCUGUUGGAGAAUAAGAUUUGCAUCCCUCAACCAGUGCUUGCACCACGUGCCAAGGGGUAUUGGACCCCAGAGGAACACAGGCUCUUUCUCCAUGGGUUGAGUUCAUGUGGUCGUGGAAAAUGGAAGGACAUAUCAAAGUACUUCGUCACUAGUAGGACUCCAGCCCAGAUUUCGAGCCAUGCACAGAAGUACUUCAUGAGGCUACAGAGCAAACGGUCAGGAAGCCAACGCUAUAGCAUCAACGACGUGGAGCUCGAUGAUGCUGACCCAUGGAAAAUCAAAAAUAGCUUUAAUUUCUGGGAAGCACUCGCCUUGCAAUCUACAAUUGGUGCUGAUAACCAAAAUCCAAGUUUUGGUUUCCAAACUCCUUCGAGUCCAUUUGUCACCAUGAACAAUAUAUUCUAG